UCCAUUAAAUCGGCCGCCAGCACGGUGGCUUACGAUCUCGUCACAUUCUACUCGGGAAAUGACACUGGCAAUGUGGCUGGAAACCUACCUAGCCCAUAUUACUGGUGGGAAGCCGGCGGCUUUUUUGGAUCGCUCAUCAACUAUUGGGCAUACACAGGCGACGAUACCUACAACAGCAUUACGGUGCAGGCUUUGGUCCAUCAAGCAGGUAGCGAUGGUAAUUUCAUGCCAGCGAACCAGACAUUGGAUGAGGGCAAUGACGACCAAUGCUUCUGGGCGAUCUCCGCCAUGAUGGCCGCCGAACGUAACUUCACAAACCCGCCUUCUUCGGAUCCUGGGUGGUUGGCAACCGUGCAGGCUGUUUUCAACGAGCAAACUACCCGCUGGGAUGCCUCUACCUGCGGUGGAGGUCUGCGAUGGCAGAUCUUUACCUGGAAUGCAGGGUACAAUUACAAGAACAGCAUUGCCAAUGGCUGUUUCUUUAAUAUUGCAGCUCGACUGGCGCGGUAUACAGGAAAUGCAACAUAUGCGAAUUGGGCUACACGGGCCUGGGACUGGACUGAGAGUGUGGGCUUGAUAGGAUCCAGCUACCAGAUUUAUGAUGGCUCCAGCGACACUAACAAUUGCUCUUCCGUUGACAAUGAUCGAUGGACUUACAACACAGGCGUAUACCUUCUCGGGGCAGCAGUCAUGUAUAAUUAUACCUCGUCACUAUCUACCAACGAAUCUACCAACACAUCCUCGAUAUGGAAAGCCAGGGUAGACGGCCUGCUGUCCUCGGCCGCUUACUUCUUCUCCACAAACACCUCCAGCGAGAAUGUCAUGUACGAACGGCAAUGCGAGCUGAUCGAUGAUUGCGACACAGACGAGCUAUCUUUCAAGGCAUAUCUUUCCCGCUGGAUGGCCGAAGCCGCCCAGGUUGCUCCCUACACCUACAAUACUAUCAUGACCUACCUUCGCGCCACUGCCCAGGCCGCCGUCGCGCAGUGCGAGGGCGGAACUACUGGCACUUACUGUGGGUUUGAAUGGACUACCGGCACCUACGAUGGAACAACUGGUGUCGGCCAGCAGAUGAGUGUGCUUGAAACGGUACAAGGAUUGCUUGCUGGAAACGUCCGCGGCCCGUAUUCUGCUUCUACUGGUGGCACCAGUAAAGGGAAUAGUGCUGCAGGGACUGGUGAUGAUUCAGACUCUACGGUGACGCUCACGCCUAUUACUACAGCAGAUAGGGUCGGCGCCGCCAUUUUGACUGCGGUGGUCCUUGGAGGUAUUAUCUUUGCUGUAUAUAUUAUGGUCUUUUGA